AUGAGCGCGAUCGUCGUCGUCUAUCUUCUCGCGCUCGCCGUGCUCGCGGCCAUUGGCGGCUACGCCUACUACGCGUGGCAGCAGUACCAUGCCACGCUCGCCCGCAUUGGCGCCCGCCAGGCGGAGCGACGCCGCGCCGCGUCGCCUGUCCCGGCGAAAGAACUUGCGCCGACCCCAUACGCCAGCGUUCUCGACUCGCGCCACUCGACGACGACAACGACGGUGCUCUGA